AUGAUCCUGCCACAGAAACAUCCCUUAACUGUUGCCAUCAUCCGCGAUAAGCAUACGCAAAACAUGCACGCUGGAAUCGAGCUGACCUUAGCUGCCAGUCGAAGGGAGUUCUGGAUCAUCCGUGGGAGAGUCGCGGUCAAAGAUGUGAUUGGGAAGUGCGUCGUGUGCUUCGAAGACAACCCUCGCCCAGUUCGCCAGUUCAUGGGAGACCUGCCUGCGUGCCGCCUGGAAGGAUGGUACCCAUUCCAUCAAGUCGGAAUCGAUCUCUGUGGACCAGUUUUCAUCAAGCAGCGCAACAAACGGUCGACUGUUCAGCACAAGGCCUGGAUCGUGCUGUUCGUCUGCCUGUCGACAAAGGCAAUCCAUCUCGAGCUCGUCAGCGAGUUGUCAACGGCGGCUUUCCUAGCCGCUUUCGAUCGUUUCGUCAGUCGUCGCGAUCGCCCUGCUGUUGUUUGGACCGACAACGGCACCAACUUUGUCGGCGCUGCUAACCUGCUUGCGGAGUGGAAUAAGUUCUUCGCGAGUGUCGAUACCCAAGACGAGAUUCAACGCGCCCACAGCAACGAGAUCACCUGGAGAUUCAACCCCCCGGAGGCCCCACACUUUGGCGGGAUCUGGGAAUCGAACAUCAAGCAGGCCAAAAAGUUACUGGUGAAGCACACGGCGGGAGCAGCCCUAUGUUUCGAAGAGAUGUCGACAGUACUCGCACGUAUCGAAGCAAUCCUCAACUCUCGUCCGAUCACGCCACUCUCGAACGACCCGGAGGAUUUCGAGCCACUAACACCCGGACAUUUCUUGGUGUUUCGUCCGCUGAACGCUGUCGCACGUCCCGAGGUCGACCGAACCAAGCACGCACGAUCACGAUACGAGCACAUCACCAAAAUCGUGCAACACUUCUGGGAUCGCUGGCACUUCGAGUACCUGACGACGUUGCAGCAGAGGUACAAGUGGCACCACAAAAUCGUCGUUGAAGUUGGACAGCUGGUGCUGAUCAAGCGGGACAACAUGCCGGUGCAGAAGUGGCUACUCGGUCGAGUCGUUGAGCUGUUCCCUGGCGUUGACGGAGUCACGCGUGUCGUCAAGGUCAAGACCAAGGAUGGGAUCCUUAAGCGAGCGGUUGCAAAGCUGUGCUUCCUUCCAAUCGACCCCGAGAACGGUGUUGAAAGCGCAACCUUUCAAAGGCGGGAGGAUGUUUAA